AUGUUGACAGAUGGAGUGGCCGACGACCUGCCAAAGUUCGUGACGCCCAUCGAGAACGUGACGGUGUCGGUGGGUCGUGAAGCAAGACUCGCCUGCGUCGUAGAAAACCUACAUAAUUACCGGGUGGCGUGGAUCUACAAAGGUACAGGUGGUCGCACGGUGCUGACAAUGGCGAUGCAGGUGGUCACUAAAAACCCCAAGAUCUCGACAACACAGGAGGCACAGGCGUGGGUACUGACCAUCACCAACCUCACCAAGAAGGACCAGGGCAUAUAUAUGUGUCAGCUGAACACCAAACCUGCCCGCAAACAGAUGGGUUACCUACAUGUGGUUGAGCCUCCAGUGAUUGAUGACGCCGCAAGCAGCAGUGACUCCACAGUAGACGAGGGCAGUGACGUAUUCAUGACGUGUGACGCUCACGGAGACCCUCAUCCAAUCAUACGCUGGGUAAGAGAAGACGGGCUAAGAUUCAACCUAAACUCCACGCUGAGUGUGGACGAGUAUCUUGGACGGUCUUUGACACUGCAGUCAGUUGACAGGAACGCCACCGGAGCCUUCCUCUGCAUAGCCAGUAACGGUGUCCCUCCCACCAUGAGCAAGAGGAUUCUCCUCUCUGUAAAAUUUCCUCCCAAAAUCGUGAAAGAUGGAGGCAGUGGGCGUAUAGGCGUGGCGAUGGAGGGUGUAGCGAGGAUGAUUUGCAGGUUCCACGCCUACCCGCUUACAGAGGUGUUGUGGUACAGAGGCCCGAGGGAGGUGAAGGCACACAAGCCAGCGGUCACCAUGGACACUACCCAUGACCAGGGGUCCGGACUAUGGAAGUCAGUCCUCUCCGUCCAGAUACAGAGAGCGAGGGACUUCGGACAAUAUCGCUGUUUUGUCCGAAAUCCGCUGGGCGUGGACGAAUUGACCUUCGAUCUAAUUGAGAUCACCACCACCACCACUACCACCAGCACUACCACCACCACUACCACCACCACCGCCCCCUCACAGCUGCUCGCACCCAAGGCUUCCACCCAUCGGCCCGCCCACCAAGAGUCCUCCCAGCCGCCCUUCGUCCCCUGGCGGGGUUUUUCGGCCAUCGAGACAACAACAUCAGCGAGUCAGAACAGGUUCAUCCAGGAAGGUGAGGCUGAGGGAUCUAGAGCAGCAGCAGACACGCACAAGAACCAACAGCAGACAUCACUAGGCUUCGGCUCCUACUUCGACAAUCCCACGUCCUCAUCGUCAUCAAUCUGGUCGUCGUCAUCGUCAUGGCUACGGGCGACGUGUACAGGAAUCUCCGUCUUCCUCGUCCUCCUCUUUCUCGCCAUGUCCUAAGCGUCCUCCGUGUCCCAGGAGAUCUCCCACGAGGUAAUGGAGACGCGGAGGAGGGACAAAAACAGCUUAUGUAAAAUUUCGGUGUGGAGAUAUCUUUCUCAGCCUCUGUGAAAUAGUGGAGACGCGUUCUCCCGGUGUCUCCUGGCAAGUGAUCUCCUACGGUGUACUAGAGACGUGGAGAACAAGAGAAUACGUGCUAUUGGGUAAAGCUGGACUAGUCUAUCUCUGUCUCUGUGCGUGACGUUCUCCUCGCGUCUCCUGAGGGAAGUGUCUGUGGGGAAGCGACAGUAGAGAUAGAAGAUCUCCCAUGACGUAGUGGGUAUGUGAUGGAGAUCGGGAAAAAAAAUUAACCGAACCAUUGGGAGAAUUGGAGAUAUUGCCCCUCACACUCUCUAGGGAAGUGACAGACGGUCUCCUGCUGUCUCCUCGGUGAAAUAUAUCGGCGUUGAGAAAUUAAGAGAAAACUGAAGAGAAACUUACUAUAGAAUUGGUGAUAGUUCAGACAUUAUUAGUGGGGAGAAAGAUGGUAGUGAAACGUAGAAUAAGAGAAAGUAAAGGGAGAAAGGGAAAGGAGAUAAUCGAAGGAAAACAAAUUAGUGAGGAAAAGAGAAAGUUAGUGAGAGGUGAGAGAAAGUUAAUUAGGAUUGAAAAUUGAGGAAAAAGAGAAAUAUUGUAAAAUUGAAGAUAAAACUAAUGAGUGAAAAUAGAAAGCUGAGGAGAAAGGAGUAAAAGCUAACGAAAGUAAAUAAAAAAGAAAAUAAGACAUGAUGGAGGGAAAGAUAAAAUAUAUAAUAGAAAGUUGAAAGAAAAA